UUUAAAUAAAGCGGCGGUCAGAGCACCGCGCUAGAGGCCGGCCGGCCCGCCCCGCGCCUCCCGCCCCGCCCCAAGAUGGCGCCCGCCGCCCUGCCGGAAGUGGCCUUGAGGCGGCUUCCGCUGGCGCCCGGCCGCCAUGGCGGCGACGCGGCUGGAGCUCAACCUGAUGCGGCUUUUGAGCAGGUGCGAGGCGCUGGCGGCCGAGCGGCGGGACCGCGAGGAGUGGCGGCUGGAGAAGUAUGUGGCCGCUCUGGAAGACAUGCUCCGAGAGCUGAACAAGCAAGCCAGCAAGCCAGCCCCAGAACUGCUGAAUGAAUACUCUCGCAAAGUGGACUUCCUAAAGGGGCUUCUAGAGGCUGAAAAGUUGUCUUCAUCAACUGAAAAGGCUCUGGCCAAUCAGUUCUUGGCCCCUGGACGUACCCCUACAACAACCAAAGAGAGAACCCCAGCUACUAAAACAGUUCAUCUGCAGACAAAGGCUCGUUGCACAGGCAAGAUGAGGAGUGAGCUGCUUGGUACAGACCCCUUGACUAUCGAUGAUUAUGAGGACUUAAACAUAAGGAAGCGAAAAGGCCCUGCAUCUGAUGAGAAGCAGUCAGCCGUCGAGCUGGAUGCUGUGUUACAGCACCAUCAGGAUAUGCAGGAGAAGUUAGCUGAAGAAAUGCUAAGUCUGGCUCGCAGUCUCAAAAACAACACUCUGGCUGCACAGAAUGUGAUAAAACAAGAUAACCAGACACUGUCGCAUUCUCUCAGGAUGGCAGACCAGAACUUUGAGAAGCUCAAGGAUGAAUCUGACCGCCUUGAACAGCAUGCAAAGAAAUCUGUCAACUGGCUUUUAUGGAUAAUGUUAAUUGUAGUUUGUUUUAUAUUCAUCAGCAUGAUUCUUUUUAUCAGGAUUUUCCCCAAACUAAAAUGAUUUUUUUUUAUUAUUAUUUAUUUAAAUUCCCAGAAGUGCGGUUGGAAAGCUCAGCUGGUAUGAUAACUGUCAGCAGUCUCCUUUUCACCUAUCAUGUUCUUAAAGAGGCUGUCCAAGGCUUGCCCUUGCAUCUCUGUCUUGUGCAAUCACUGGAUUCAGUGAAGGGUUUCGUGAGGAAGGCUUUCUUGGAUGCUUGGUUACUUUUUACCUAGUGAAUACUGUUGCCUAUUGAGGGGAGAACUGGGAUAACAUGGCAAUUUACGCUGAGCUGCUGCUAAGUUCUUUAGCGUAUAGGUAUACUCCUGUUUCUAAUGUGGCUGUGGCAAAUGUUAAAAUUCCUAAAAGGCGUUUACUUGAUGCCAAUACUAGUAACAGUUGGAGUCUUACAGUUUUUCCUGUCUUUACAGCUUUACUGCGCUGAACUAGGACCUUGCUGCCAACAGGAUAUUUAAUUACAAAGUUAUGUACAUACACAGCUGUAGGGUAUAGAAAGAGAAUGCUGCCAUUGAGUUGCUUGCCUGGCUCCGGUUCAGAGAGUAUCAGCAGGUAAAAUUAUUCUCAGACUCACAUUUUUCCCAUAUGGGUAUUUGAGACUUUGGACUUGGCAGUCUUCUUCAUUUUAGACUUACUACAGAAGGGCUGAAGUUGCUUGCUGUUGCAAUGUUUGCUUCCUUUUUUUUUUUUUGGUAUGCACAAGUGUUCUCACUUGCUCAUUGUCUGUUGUUGCUGUUGCAUCAAGAAAACACUGUGACCCUGGCACAGCAGAAUUGUACAAACAGUACUCUCCAUAUGGCGUGAACCUCACCUGUGCAAACAUCUUUUCACUCUUAAGAUGUGGGCAAAGGAAGCUGGUGUCUCCAAGACAGAAAUAAUUUUUUUAGAAAAUUAAAAAUUCAGCCUUUACCUUUUGAGACAAAUUAUUCUGGUCAGGAGUGUGUCAAACUCAUAUUCCUAAGAGGUCAUUACAAUAAAGCAGAUACAAAAUAAA